GGAAACCCAGUGAUUACUACAGCGUUACGUUGUUCGCAUACUGACUUGCUGGGAACUAAAGGCAAGGUCAUAGACCAAAGGCGUUCAACUAGGCGAUGCAAACAGGUUAGAUCGCCUCGAUCAUUGAUCAACGCCUCUUUCUGGUCAAAAACGCCGAACUUGAGGAAUAUAUCCAAUCCGGCUUCAAGAUGAAACUUUCCGAACAAACUGUUCUCGUCACAGGUUCCUCCCGCGGAGUUGGGCUAGCCAUUGCCAAAGCCUUUCGAGCGGAAGGCGCUCAAGUGGUUCUCAACUACUACAAGUCGGACCCUACGACCAUGACAAGCCUUGCAAAGGAGAUCGAUGCAUUUCCAUUCCGUGCCGAUGUCACCUCCCCCGAACAGAUCCAAGCCCUCUUUGCGGCCGCCGAGGAGCAUUUCCACAAACCCAUCACCACGGUCGUCAACAAUGCCAUUAUCGGCGGCUACGAGUUCAACGGCGAUACAGGUCGUUACAAAAUCCCCGACAUCUCCUGGUCGAACUUCGACACCCAACUUCAAGGCUUCCUCCGAGGCACGCUGAACACGACCCAGGCCGCCCUCUCAGGCUUUGAAAAGCUCGGCUUCGGCCGCAUCAUCAACAUCGGAACGAACUUGUUCCACCACCCGGUAGUCCCGUACCAUGACUAUACUGCAGCCAAGGGCGCCCUGCUAGCCUUCACCAGGACAUGCGCAGCGGAUCUUGGGCCGAAAGGCGUGACCGUGAACAUGGUAUCCGGAGGACUCCUUCAGACGACGGACGCCAGCGCGAGUACACCGCAGGAGGUCUUCGAGCAGAUCAAGGCUGUCACUCCCUUGAGAAAGGUCGCGACGCCGGAGGACUUGGCUGGCGUGGUGCUGUUCUUUGCCAGUCCCUGGGCCGACGCCGUUACCGGACAGGAGAUGAUCGUCGACGGAGGAUUGGUGAUGAGAUAAGGUGAAUCCUUGGGGAAAGUCUCACAGUCUCGCGCUCAACUUGGCUGGCGACUGUAUCUCAACAACAGCCUUGCCCCAUACUUUCCUUGCAGCCAGCUCCUCCAGGGCUUUUGCCACGCUUUCCAGACCAGUAUACGUUCCAUAGAUGAAGGGCCUGAUUUUGCCACUCUCCA